CUACAGCCAAGCUCGAGCAAGCAAGCACCACCACCACCCAGCUUGAAAUCAACAACCUUGCCAUCAUCAACGACACCGCCCAUCCUCCGCGAACUCACAUCCUCUACGAACUUCGAGGCAUCUCGAGUAACGAAACCCCUUAUUCCACGCCUUUAAUACCCAGCAAAUAUACGACACAAUGGGUGACGUCUUGGUGGAAAACCCGGCCAACCAAGUCGCCCCUCACAAGAAGACAGCUCCCUCAACAAUCCCUAGUAUUGAGAACUUUGAGGGCAUCGCGACGGAAGGUGGUGAUGACUAUGCCACAUUGAAGAAGUUGCAAAGACAACUGGAGUAUAUUCAGUUGCAGGAGGAGUACAUCAAGGAUGAGCAGAGGAGUCUGAAGCGCGAGCUUGUCCGAGCUCAAGAGGAGAUCAAGCGAAUCCAGAGUGUUCCUUUGGUGAUUGGGCAGUUUAUGGAGGCCAUCGACCAGAACACCGGAAUCGUACAGUCAUCCACGGGUUCGAAUUAUGUCGUCCGCAUCCUUUCCACCCUCGACCGCGAGAAGCUCAAGCCCUCUUCCUCCGUCGCCCUCCACCGCCACUCCAACGCCCUCGUCGACAUCCUCCCCCCCGAAGCCGACUCGUCCAUUGCCAUGCUUGGCGCCGACGAGAAGCCCGAUGUGACGUACGCCGAUGUUGGUGGUCUGGAUAUGCAGAAGCAGGAGAUCCGCGAGGCUGUCGAGCUGCCAUUGACGCACUUCGACCUCUACAAGCAGAUUGGUAUCGACCCCCCUCGCGGUGUCUUGCUCUACGGCCCUCCUGGAACAGGAAAGACGAUGCUGGUCAAGGCUGUGGCGAACUCCACGACGGCAAACUUCAUUCGUGUUGUUGGCUCCGAGUUUGUUCAGAAGUACCUCGGUGAGGGUCCUCGUAUGGUUCGCGAUGUCUUCCGCAUGGCCCGCGAGAACGCCCCCGCCAUCAUCUUCAUUGACGAGAUUGACGCCAUUGCGACGAAACGUUUCGAUGCGCAGACGGGUGCCGAUCGUGAAGUUCAGCGUAUUUUGCUCGAGCUUCUCAACCAGAUGGACGGUUUCGACCAGACCGCCAACGUCAAGGUCAUCAUGGCCACGAACAGAGCCGACACCCUCGACCCCGCCCUUCUCCGUCCCGGUCGUCUGGACCGAAAGAUCGAGUUCCCUAGCUUGAGAGACAGACGCGAGCGUCGUCUUAUUUUCUCCACCAUUGCCAGCAAGAUGAGCUUGGCCCCCGAGGUCGACAUGGACUCCCUGAUUGUUCGCAACGACCCUCUCAGUGGUGCCGUCAUCGCUGCCAUCAUGCAGGAGGCCGGUCUCCGUGCCGUGCGGAAGAACCGCUACAACAUCAUCCAGAGCGAUUUGGAGGAUGCCUACUCAAGCCAGGUCAAGGGCACGAGCGACGAGAACAAGUUUGAUUUCUACAAAUAAGCGACUGCUCUCUCUAAGGGAGAAGGCGCAGGCGGAAACGGCGCAUCGUGGGGGGAACGAACAGAGCUCGCUGCCAGGCUGGCAAUGUAAUGUCACGAAAGGCACGGCCGGGAAGGCAAGGGAUAGACUUUACAAGGCUUCGGGGAGCGAGGCUCGGCGUCGCGUUGUACAAUACAAUACACUCGAUAAAGAAGUUGCGUUGCUGCCACCAUGUUUCAACCUGCUUUUCAAACCCGUUUCACUCGUGUGCUGGGAAAUGUGUGAUCGUAACUGUGACCUAAAGCAGUGCUUCCCUUUGUCUGUAAUUUCGCCAGUAUCACCAGAGGCCCUUUAGUAUGCAGUUGAGCUCUAUGGAUCUCAUAAAUCAGACUUUGUAAGACUGUAUCUCAACUACAUGUGCCUCUUCGAACGCCAACACCGAGAUUCGACUACCUCCGAGCCCCUCUCGACGAUUUGUUUGGAAGGGAAGCGGGAGAGCGGAAGUUCUGAGAGCAACCUAGACGCUUCACUGAACAAAAGCUGGAGUGAGGUUGAAUAGACGUAUCGGGAAAGAAACUGGAAAUACCCCAGAGCGUGAGCCGCCCGGCAUAUUUCAGAGAGGGAAAUAUAAAAGCGCUGGAUUAUAAGAUUUGGUGUCGAUGAUUCGACUACAUAGCUCAUAUUGUUUCAAAAAGAAAAUGAUGAGUAAACGUGUGUCAAUAUCUAUGUGAGAGUUCAAAAAUGCGCAAAAGAGAAAAGGAAAGAAACAUGAGAUACCGAAGAUUUAGAAAUGGAAAAAGUGCUUAAAAGUUGAACUGGCC